AACGGUGAACUAAAGAUGGUGGGGGGGACUCCACAGAUUUCAAUUACGGUAGAUGGACUUGCGAGCUGAGUAGAGUUGUCAACUCUAUCAACACUAGCCAACACAUAAUAGUGCCCGCGUCCACACUGUUCUCCCAUCUUAUUUCUCAUCUCAGAGUCUCCUAGUAAAGGAUACACAGAAACAGCAAUACUAGCCAACUAAAUAGGGAAAUUGGUCACGUGCGCAGGCCAUUAAGCAAGGAGGAAGCAGAGGGAGGGAAGGGGAUCGUGAGGAUAGCCAGGGCCAGGAUAGGUAUGGUAGCAGCGGACGCAGAGGGCAACAAGGCGUCGCCCUUGGUAGCUCUGCUCGCGGGUGGUAUUGCGGGAGGUGUUGAGGCCACUUGCACAUAUCCUUUCGAAUUUGCCAAGACACGGGUCCAGCUCUAUGGACACGAGGGUGUUCGCAACCCGUUUGCGGUUGUCGCUCAGGUUGCGCGUCAUGAGGGGAUCGGAGCUUUGUAUAAAGGAUGCUCUACUAUGGUAGUGGGCUCAAUAGGUAAAGAUGCAGCACGUUUUGUCGUAUUCGACAGGAUUCGGUCAUUUUUCGAAGACCCGGUGACACAUCGUUUGGGACUCGCAGGAUCCAUCGCCUCAGGCAUGUUGGCAGGCGUAGUGGCCUCAACGGUAGCUGUCACGCCGACAGAGCGGAUAAAAACUGCGCUGAUCGACGACGCGAGGACUAGUCGCCGCUUCCGGGGCGCGAUGCAUUGCAUGGCUGUGCUGUACCGCGAACAGGGCUUCCGCGGGGCACUGUACUCGGGUUACGUGGCGACGACGCUCAAGCAGAUCGGGACCACGGGAUUCCGGCUUGGGACGUAUUCGGCGAUCAAGGACUGGGAGCGCUCAAAGGGGAUUCCCGUCGACAGCGCCGUGACGAGCUUUGCGAACGGCGCCAUCGCGGGCACGGUCACUACGCUUGCGACGCAGCCGUUCGAUACGGUGAAGACCAAGACACAGCAAGCUAAGAGGACCAGAAUCAAGGAUGCCAUCCACACUAUUAUGGCUGAAGAUGGGUUUCGUGGAUUCUGGCGUGGAACUGUCAUGCGUCUCGGUCGAACUGUUGUGUCUGGCGGCAUAUUAUUUACGGCUAACGAAGAGGCUACGAAAGUGCUUAAACUCAUGAUUGGAUAGUAAUAUUAUGAAAACUUUACAAUGGCUAUUGAGUGAAGUUUACUUUCCCCAAAACCGACAGCUGACGCCUUUCCAUGUUGUCUGCGCCCGCAUUGAUCGCGAAGGGGGUGUCAGCGGCGCUUCACGAACAAACCCUUGAUGAGCUGCCAUACCACACCGAUUGUGAAAGCUGUCUGGCUUUCUGAG